AUGAUUUCAUUUGUUUUUUACAAUAUAUGGUCAUUACUAAUGAUUAUUGAACAAAUAUCAGGCAUUUCAUACAAUUUACCAAAACUUUGUGCAAAUGCAACGUGGAAUCCAUCAGCAAUAACUUUUGCCAAUAGCAUCACGGUUGGCAAUUAUCCUCAUGGUAUUUUUGUUAAUACAAUUAACAAUGUUUAUGUAGCUGAUCAUAUGAAUGGACGCAUCCUAAUAUGGCUUAACGAUAGUACCAUACCGACAAAGAUUCUAUCAGGUGGUUUAAAUUCUCCUACUGGUAUAUUUUCAAGAGAAAAUGGUGAUAUUUAUAUUGAUAAUGGUUAUGUAAAUUAUCGCAUUGAUAAAUGGGGAUCAAAUUCGACAAGUAGUGUUCCAGCAAUGUAUACAUGUUCAUUUUGUACUGGUGUUUUUGUGGACAUAAAUGAUAUGCUAUAUUGUGCAAUGUUUAACUAUCAUCAAGUUAUCUCGAAAUCAUUAAAUCAAUAUUUAAAUAUUUGGAGUACUGUUGCUGGUAAAAGUAAUGUUUCUGGAUCAACAUCGACUACAUUGAAUAAUCCUUGUGGAAUUUUUGUCGAUCUUUAUUUGAAUUUGUAUGUUGCCGAUUUUUUAAAUAAUCGAAUUCAAAAAUUUUCAUCAGGACAACUAAAUGGAACAACAAUAUCUACAGGAAGUUUUAUUCUCGAUCAUCCAAGUUCAGUUAUCCUCGAUGCUGAUGGAUAUUUCUUUAUUGUUGAUAUGUAUAAUCAUCGAAUUGUUGGUUCAGGAUUAUAUGGAUUUCGAUGUAUAGCAGCGUGUUCCGGAUCUGGUUCUUCAUCUACUCAAUUGUAUUUUCCACAAGCUCUUAGUUUUGAUAGUUAUGGGAAUAUAUUUCUUAGUGAUCAAGGAAAUCAUAGAAUUCAAAAGUUCUUGGUAACAAAUACAUGUAUAAAUUCAACGAUUAGUACUCAAUCAACUCCUUUAUCAACAAUGGCUUCAGGAAUAAAUUUUACAGGUACAUCAUCUUCAACACGUAUGUAA